CGCUGCUGCUGUUUCCACCGCGUGAACAUCAAGUGUCGCCGCUGUUUGUUCUUAAUCUCCGAGAUGCUGAAGCCCGGGGGGAAGGCACCCGCUUUCGGGGGCCGCACCCCGCUCUCCGCCGCCCCAUCGCCCGCCACCGCAGCCUCUUGAGGCUCUUCGGCGGCGGCUUUCCUCUUCAAACCUCGCUUCCCGCCACCGACACUCUUCUCCCCGGCUUUCGCCAUGUUGUUUGCAGCUGUACGGAACCGGAAGUGCUUCCGUUUUUGACCCGGGUCAUACGCUUUUACUUCCGGGGGAGCGGAGUUCUUGAUCAAGUCUGUUGCUUUAUGAUUUAGAUAUUUAAGAAACGGCUACAAGUCAGGGUUUGUUCACAACUGUACAAACAGAAAGAAGAGUUCCUGGAUUCCUUCACUGAGCCUCUGCUGAGUGUCAAUCUGCAAUUUUUAGUUAACAGUUUGGUUAACUAAACUGAAACAAAAUGGCUCACAAAUGAAAAAAAAACUUUUAAGUAGUUAGUAUGUGACAUUAAAGAAAAAAAAAAGCAAGAUAAAAGAAUGGAAAGAGAGGAAAGGAUCAUUGCAACUACAAACGGUUCUCAGAAUGUGCUUCUUCCUUUGAUCUGAGAUUUUAGGAAGUAAAGAUGCUUAUGCAGUAAUCCGACAGCAGAGCCUUUAAUCUGAGACAAGCUGAUAACGCAGAAGGGUUAACCCAGGUGACAGAGACAGCCGGCUCGGAGAAAACGCAGUAGCAGCAAAUGUGACGACUAUUCAAAUGCCACAGGCACCAGAAGUCAGACUAAGAAUUAGGAGAGAGAGAAGAGGAGAGGAAGCUUGAAGUUGAGCAUAUCCUGUGAGGGCUUUGUAAAGAUUCUGGGUUUUAUGUGGAUCUUUUGACAUGAGAUAGAGAUUUUGGAUUUUUCUAUAACAAGCGUGCUUGGGUUUAGACAAGAAGAGAGCCACACUCCAGCUCCAAAGCCAGCUUUAAUUUUUAAUUAAACUGGGACUACAAAAAGACCAUCUGCCUUCUAUAUCUGUAAAGGACAGUAGAGACAAAUGCUUGGGAAGAUGUAUGAAAUUUUAUCCUGUUGGGAGAAACUUGGAACUUCACCGUACACAGAAGAUGGAGGAAGAAAGAAAAAAGACACUGAAGAGAACAACCAGUGAAGGGAUCCAGAGACGACAAUGAAAAACGAGUGUGAAGGAGAAACCAACACCCUUAAAAGAUUUUCCAAGUAUUCAAAAGCAAAGGUUUAAAUUGAGUCAACAGGAGACUAAAAUGUCACACUUGCCUGCUGUCUUCACACACCUGCACCCACCCAUCUGUCUCCCCUUCACCAAGCCUUUCUGAUAGAGAAAUUUUCAGCUGUGCAUAAAGAGAGCCAUCUUAUGAAAGUCACAACUGUCAUUAACACUUUCAUUGGCUAUUUGACUCAGGGUAAAUGAUGGCUCCUUAUUCUUUGGAUUCCUCCAAUUAAACAGGAAGUUGCCUCUAAUGCCUUAUUGAUGUGGAGUGAAGUCGUCCAUCUUCCAGGCUGUUUGAGAUGAUCUUCAAUGGUGGGAAUCAGAAUUCAAAGUUACUUCUUGUUGAUCUCCUCAGAAUGGAAGUAGCUUGUGUUCUGGGUUUCCUAGGACCACUCCAUAUUUUUGUUCAUAUAUGAAUUUUGUUUCCUAUGGCUUUUUUAAAACCUGUAUCUUAUUGCCAAUAUUUGCUAAGUUUUUCUUAGCUUUCAUUCUUUUCUUUAUACGAAUGUAGCCGAUAGUCAUAUACAUGCUGAUUUGUUAAGCAUGAUAGUGAAGAAAGCUUCAUUCAUUCCUUUUAUUACAGAUUUGCCUUCUAUUCAAGUUUAUCUGACAUGAAGGUACCAACAUUAACGCUAGCAAAUACUGGUAUUUGUCUGUUACUUCUUUUGAUCCACUCUUUCUCUCUCCCUCCCUCCCUUUUUCCCUCAUCCCUUUCUCCCUCCCUCCUUUCCUUCCUUCCUUCCUUCCUUCCUUCCUUCCUUCCUUCCUUCCUUCCUUUCUUCCUUCCUUCCUUCCUGAUAUAAUAUGAAGCCCCCUUCUUUCCUCACCCAGUUGGCUCACAAGGGAAUCACCAAAAGUGGCUUUGUCCAGUGAUGGCCUUUCUUUCUUUUAGAGACCUGCUUUUAUAAUUACCUGGCUUCGAUGUUUAUGUUUCCAAAUUUGCUGCUGUUCCUUGGUGCUGCAGUUGAUUUCCCUCACAAGCUUUCACCCUCGUAACUCGACUUCCCAGAGGCAAGGGCAUGCUCUGUACCUGGCUGUCUUAUGAAACACUCGGGUUUGCCUGACCCACGCCUCCUCAGCUGCACCACCCAGGGCACUCUGAAGAAGAAGUAGACCUGACUGGAAGUGAGCAGUGCUGUACUGGCUCCAGAUGAGCUUACACCAACAUGGAAGCCCCAAAGUCAAGCUGUGGGACGUCAUCUCUGAACCUUCUUGAAAACGAUGAAGUGGAAUUUGUCCGAACUGGCUAUGGGAAGGAUAUGGUCAAAGUUCUCCAUAUUCAGAGGGAUGGAAAAUACCACAGCAUCAAAGAGGUGGCAACUUCAGUGCAGCUGACUCUGAGAACCAAAAAGGAUUACCUCCAUGGUGAUAACUCUGACAUCAUCCCUACAGACACCAUCAAGAACACAGUGCAUGUCCUGGCAAAGCUCAAAGGGAUAAAAAGCAUAGAGACGUUUGCUAUGAACAUCUGUGAGCACUUCCUUUCUUCUUUUAACCACGUCACCCGAGCCCACGUCUACGUGGAAGAGGUCCCCUGGAAGCGUUUUGAAAAGAAUGGACUCAAGCAUGUCCAUGCUUUUAUUCACACCCCCACCGGGACACACUUCUGUGAGGUGGAGCAGAUGAGGAGUGGACCUCCAGUCAUUCACUCUGGAAUCAAAGACCUCAAGGUCUUGAAAACAACCCAGUCUGGAUUUGAAGGAUUCAUCAAGGACCAGUUUACCACUCUCCCCGAGGUGAAGGACCGAUGCUUUGCGACUCAAGUGUACUGCAAGUGGCGUUACCAGAGAAGGGACGUGGACUUUGAGGCUACAUGGGGCACCGUCCGGGACAUUGUCCUGAAGAAAUUUGCUGGGCCCUAUGACAAAGGCGAAUACUCUCCUUCAGUGCAGAAGACACUCUACGAUAUACAAGUGAUGUCCCUGAACCAGGUUCCUGAGAUAGAAGACAUGGAAAUCAGCCUGCCAAACAUUCACUACUUUAACAUCGACAUGUCCAAAAUGGGGCUGAUCAACAAGGAAGAGGUUUUGCUGCCACUCGAUAAUCCCUAUGGCAAAAUCACUGGGACAGUCAAGAGGAAGCUGGCUUCAAGGCUGUGACAUUAUGGCUCCAGUCAAUUGUGAUGCUGGGGACCACUGUGUGUUUACCUGCAAAAUAUUUCAACUUAGGAUAUUGAUUGCUUUCUUCUGUAUGAAACAAUUGCUCUCUUUGUUCCUAGUUAAACAAGGCAUUUUGUGGAUCCCCAUAUUAUCAGGUACAACAUACCCUAUGGCUGUGGGCAGUUUCCUUAAAAAUCACUGGGUAGUGUUAGAAGAACCACAGUGAUAUUUAUCCUUGUUGCUCUUGUAUUUUUCUGCCUCAGAAUCAGUCUUUAGAAUCAAAUCAUUAAGAAAAUAAUCAUGAAGUAGGGGUGGUGCCACAUCGAUUAAUCUGAACACAAGUUUAAGAAGCAAUCAUUGUUGUCAUCCUAUUGAUAUGUCUGGGUAGUGCAGAAAAUAUAAUAAAAUCAUGUGAAAAAACA